CCAUUUCAAGUUUAAACAUGUCUUCAUUAUUUGAAAGCGAGGUUCCUUUCGAAUUACUUUUAGACGUUAAAGAAUCACCAAAAGCAGUAAAGGCUAGAUAUUUAGAUUAUCGUGAGAGCGUUCAAUCAUUAGAAAAUAUUACGAAUAAUUUCAGUUUCAAAAUUAAUGAAUCCGUUGUUGAUGAUUUAUGUUUAUUUGUGGAAAACGAAAAUAGAAAUAAUAGGAAUUGUGGGAAUCAUCAGAUUACUUCAUGCUUUGAUACUAGCGAAAAUGAAAAGUUUUUUCAAGGGGUCGCAAAUAAACUUGAACAAGUUCAACAAAAUCGUGUCGUUUUACUUGAUUCCAAUAUUUGUUCUGACUUGGAUAAAAUGAUGAAAAAUACUGUUGGACAAUUUUUGGGUAAACCGUUGUCAGGUCAACAAGAUAAUAUGGAAAUAGAUGAGGAUGAUAAUAAUUUACUUACAAUUUCAAUAGAUGAUGUUGUUGAUCUUGAUUCGGUUAUACAAUGGUGUGAAUCAUAUAUUCUAACGAAUUCUGGAGGUAUUUCUACUGGUAUCCAAGGAAUUGAUGCGAUUCAUAAUAAUUAUUCUUAUUCAAUAGAGAGAUUAUUGAGACCUACAACAUUUUAUUUAAAGUCGCAAAAAAAAAAUAUUCAAAGCGUUAAAUUUGGAGAAAAGGCGUUUGAAUUUCUUCAAGAUUCAUUCAUUGGAACAAAAUUUUCAUUGAUAUCAUUCGUUUCAAGAUACAAGUAUGCGAUAUAUCAACAUUUUAGUAAGAAUCCUUUGAGCAUUUUGUCUAUAAUCGAACCAGAGAAAGUAAAUUCGAGAUUUUCUUUUAUAAACAAAAAUCAUAUGGAAAUGAUUCGUAUGCAAUCAUCAUUCAGAAAAUAUGUUGAAUCAAUAAUCGAUCGACCAGAAGAAGCACUUCAAUUAUUGAAUAAUGAUAAUUAUCUUAAAAAUAUGUUGCCAAAAUUUUUACAGAAUAUGAAAUUAUAUCACCAAAAAUUUGGGGCAGCAUUUGAAUUAGUGAAUUAUUUACAAAAAUUUUUAAGUCUUGAUUCAGGACUUUUGAAAGCGAGACAUGAAUUAUAUUCUCUCGCCUUAAAAGAACCUGGUUUAGGAGAAAAUUUUUAUAUACAAAAAUUUGUGGGUGUUUUGAUGAACUUGGAAAUAAAAGAACUUGGUGAAUUGUUUCAAACGAUGAUCGAAUAUUUUAAAGGAGUUUCUAAGCACUUGGGAAUUAUGUCUCAAGAAUGUAAAGAAAUUGAGGAAUUUCUUGAUCAAUUACGGAAGGAAUCAAAUAGUAUUCAAAAUUCCAAAAAUUCCCAAAAAUUGAAAUUAGAUUUAAGAAAUUAUUUGUUAAAUUUUUUCGAAGAAAAUCUUCGACACUAUUCUACCAAUGCCCUUUAUGAAAUAUUUUACUAUCAGGAAAAUCCCGAAUCGGUAUUUACACCAAGUCUUCGUGCAGCGGUACACACAGCUCUUGGGCUUCCUACUGAAUAUAUUCAUUGUAGUUGUUAUACUUGUAUAUUAUAUAAAUUACAUUUACAAUGUGGUAAAUUAAUUAAUAUUAAUGAUUGGUUUGGAUCUUUUGAAACUGUGGUUUCUAAAGAAAAUAUGGAAAAUGGGAAAAUUGACGAAAUGGAACUUCGAGCAAGAUUUAUUAAGAGUUAUGAAGAACUUAAGAUGCUUGGAAUAAUUAGUUCCCCAAUCAAGAAAAAAGAUCAUGUCAAAAGAACAACUUGGAGAUUUUCUUAA